GGUGCUCCUCAGGUUUAGUAUCACAGUCCAGGGAAACUAAUCCACAGUACUGACCUGUUCAUCAGGAUGAAAUUGAUCACUUCUCUGAUUCUCCUCUGGGCACUCUCCAGCACAGCUGGAGCCCUUCAGUGUCAAAACUGCACAAGUGCAACUUGUUCAAACCUAGUUUCAUGUUCCUCAGAGACGAUGUGUGUCACAGCUACAAUUCUAGCUUUUUCAUCUGGAACUCCAGUAACACAAAUCUACAAGGGAUGUGCAUCUUCCUCCCUGUGUCUAGCCACGGGGAAUCAGACAUUUUCAGUUAAUCUGGGUGUUCAAAGUGCUCUCGCAUCUGCCAUGUGCUGCAACACUGAUAACUGCAACUCAGAAACUCUGGCUCCCCCUGCUCUUCAGUCAAAUAAUGGUCGAGUUUGUAAUGUUUGUGACCCCUCCACCUCUCAAUGCACUUCUACAUUACAAUGUCAGGGAGUCGAGGAGCAAUGUUUUGAAUCAAUGAUGAACAGCAACGGCAAAACUUUUCCCGCUUUUGGCUGUGCAUCUAAAAACCUGUGUCUAGCUGCUAUGAGCCUGCGUUCUCUGCCUUUCAUGCAAAACGUUGGUAACAUAAUCGAUGGACCAAAGUGUUUUCCAUCUACAACAACUGCAGCACCAACAACCACCACAACCCCAGCUACAAGUGCAGCAGGUACAACCGUUGGAGAUACAACCGUUGCCCCAGCUACAACCGUUGGAGCUACAACCGCUGCCCCAGCUACAACCGCUGCCCCAGCUACCACCGCUGCCCCAGCUACUGCCCCAGCUACCACCACAGCUUCCCCAGCUACCACCGUUGCCCCAGCUACCACAGCUGCCCCAGCUACAACCGCUGCCCCAGCUACAACCAUUGGAGCUACAACCAUUGGACCUACAACAGCUGCCCCAGCUACAACCGCUGCCCCAGCUACAACCGCAGCCCCAGCUACAACAGCUGCCCCAGCUACCACCGCAGCCCCAGCUACAACAACUGCCCCAGCUACAACCGUUGGAGCUACAACCAUUGGACCUACAACAGCUGUCCCAGCUUCCACCGUUGCCCCAGCUACAACAGCUGCCCCAGCUACCACCGUUGCCCCAGCUACAACAGCUGCCCCAGCUACCACCGCUGCCCCAGCUACAACAGCUGCCCCAGCUACAACCCUGCCCCAGUUACAACCCCCCAGCUACAACAACUGCUCCAGCUACAACCGUUGGAGCUACAACCAUUGGACCUACAACAGCUGUCCCAGCUACCACCGUUGCCCCAGCUACAACAGCUGCCCCAGCUACCACCAUUGCCCCACUGCCCCAGCUACAACCGUUGGAGCUACAACAUCUGCCCCAGCUACAACCGUUGCCCCAGCUACCACCGUUGCCCCAGCUACAACAGCUGCCCCAGCUACCACCGCUGCCCCAGCUACCACCGCUGCCCCAGCUACCACCGUUGGAGCUACCACAGCUACCCCAGCUACAACCGUUGGAGCUACAACCGUUGGACCUACAACAGCUGCCCCAGCUACCACAGCUGCCCCAGCUACAACCGUUGGAGCUACAACAGCUGCCCCAGCUACAACAACAGCCCCAGCUACAACAGCUGCC